GGCGUGACUCCGCCCAACCGAGUCAGCCUCGACAGGCAUAUCUAACGCAUCUGUAUUACCGUAGUUUGGCACGCGCAUUUUACGCUCGGUGUUGAGGCCAAAUCCGCGCUCGCGUACCCAAAUCCGUUUCCAGUCCGGCAGUGGAGAGGGCUCGGUGCUCGGUUCUCUGCUCCGUCAGUCCAGACAUCCGCACGGUCACAGCCCCGGAGAGACGUUACACGGCGCGGGGAGCGGCAGGCGGUGCCUCGGCGAACACACUCGGACAGAGCAGGAGCACUUCGGAAGGGAAAGAAUGGCGGAUUCGAGCAGCACCGCAGCGGUCGGGGCCGCGGGCUCCAACAGCGCCGCUGCUGCUGCCGGGGCGGCGGGCACUGUUGCGCAGGAUGUCGCACCCGGAGCCGCGGGACCCAAGCCCGUGGCCGAGUCCGUGAAGGGCCAGCUAUUCGACGUGGGCCCCCGCUACACGAACCUGUCGUACAUCGGGGAGGGGGCGUACGGAAUGGUGUGCUCUGCCAUGGACAACGUGAAUACCUCGCGCGUUGCCAUCAAGAAGAUCAGCCCCUUCGAGCACCAGACGUACUGCCAACGCACACUGAGGGAAAUCAAGAUCCUGCUGCGUUUCCACCAUGAGAAUAUCAUCGGCAUCAACGACAUUCUCCGGGCACGGCAACUCGACAACAUGAGGGAUGUCUACAUCGUGCAGACCCUGAUGGAGACGGACCUCUACAAGCUGCUGAAGAGCCAGAGGCUGAGCAACGACCACGUCUGCUACUUCCUGUACCAGAUCCUGCGAGGCCUCAAGUACAUUCACUCAGCCAACGUGUUGCACCGUGACCUCAAACCCUCCAACCUGCUCAUCAACACCACAUGCGACCUCAAGAUCUGUGACUUUGGCCUGGCGAGGAUAGCCGACCCUGAGCACGAUCACACAGGUUUCUUGACCGAGUACGUGGCCACGCGUUGGUACAGGGCUCCAGAAAUCAUGCUCAACUCCAAGGGCUACUCUAAGUCCAUCGACAUUUGGUCAGUGGGCUGCAUCCUGGCUGAGAUGUUGUCCAACAAGCCGAUCUUCCCUGGGAAACACUACUUGGACCAGCUCAACCACAUACUGGGCGUCCUCGGCUCCCCGACUCCAGAAGAUCUGAACUGCAUCAUCAACAUGAAGGCGAGGAACUACCUGCAGUCCCUGCCUGAGAAACCCAAGAUCCCCUGGGAGAAGCUCUUCUACAAGGCCGACUCGAAAGCUCUGGACCUCCUGGGUCGCAUGUUGACCUUUAAUCCCAUCAAGCGCAUCAGCGUGGAGGAGGCCCUGGCUCAUCCUUACCUGGAGCAGUACUAUGAUCCCACAGAUGAGCCGGUAGCGGAGGAGCCCUUCACUUUCCAAAUGGAGCUGGAUGACCUUCCCAAGGAGAAGCUGAAGGAGCUGAUCUAUGAGGAAACGGCUCGUUUCCAGGAACACUACCAGGGCUCCUGAGACACACAGCCCUAAAGAGUGACAACACCACGCAGAGGCUCGGAAAACAAGAAGACUCCAAACGACAUGCUAAAACAAAGAAAACAAAAACAAAAAUCUUCAAGAAACCAACAAAAAAGAGAAAACACGAACAUUUAACUGCUUAUCUUUCCAUUUCUACUGCAAGAGACAGCUAAGUUCAACUUUGAUUUCCGUGGCUGGGUGGGGUGGUGGGGUCUGUCGUACUCGUACUGGUUUGGUCCUUCUCCCGUGUUGGACUCUCCCUCUGUGUUUGUUUUCCAGUCAAACGCCUCACCUCGUCCCAUCUGCAGUUACUGCUCUUCUCUUCUUCUGUACUGUUUGUUCAUCCUCAACCUGUCGCUGAUCUCUCUUUCCUCUCUGUCGCCCCCCCCCUCAUAUAAAAUCAUACUACUGUAUUAACCAACACCAUAACUCUCUCGUCUCGGCUCCAUGUAAAUCGCAACCUGGGUUAAAGUCGAGGGCUAAAAGAACAGGGAUGCUAAUCCGGUGUGAGUAUGUAUAUACAAAAAAAAUAUAAAACCUUCUCCUAUUUUCCGUUUAUUUUUUUCGUCGUUGUUUUAUUAAGUGUGCUUGUCGCAGUUUUCGUUUGUACACAACGUUGUUUGAGUGUUUUCGGAUCAGUUCAGAGUCGUAAUGUUUGUGUUGGGGUUUAUAUUUGCAAGUCAUUUUUUGAACACUUGAUUCUGAGACGAACAUUCAGUGUUUUUAUCGGCAUGUUGGCAGGUUUAUAGAUUUCUUUGUUGUCGAUUUUCUUUUGUCUUUUUUUAAAGAAAAAAAAAAAACUGUAUGAUGUUGAUAUGAAUGCAUGCAUUCCUGGAAUUUACCAAAGUGGCAGAGAGACGCGGGGAUCUUGGCUGGGGAGCAUAUUUAAGAAAUAUCAGUUUUUAACCGUAACCACAUUUCUUGACCUACAACUCGAAUCAAGGGCCGAGAAACGGAUGUGAACGGUUGUUUUCAGGAGGUUCUACGUGUUUGGAGCAAAACAGAGCAGAAAACAGUUUCUACGAUCAAGUGUUCUUUCAGAUAUUCCAACUGUGAUGCCUAGGCCCCAUUUUCCAGAACGUUCAUGGAGCUCUGUGCCAUGUCGAAACGUUUAAUCCCCCCCCAACAUAUUGUAAACACCAAAACUGAAAUGAUCAGUACCGACCGGACAAGAUGCAGAUGUGCCACAGAAACACCACACCGGUGAACAUUACUGUGCUCUCCACGUUCUGCCGUGUUACAUCCCUUGUCCAUUAAAUACAGCCAACACCAAACAGCUGAUCCAGUGUCAGUAUUACAUUCCUAUAUCAAAUUACAUUCCUGUAACACACGCAGCGGCUGACUGGUGAACUGCUUGUGUCAUGACACCGCUGGAGCCCCCUUGUGGUUUUCACCCAGCCUGUCUGGAAAAUGGGGGUCUGGUUGACUUUAGCCUUUCCCAUUGUGCGAUGCUGUCUCGUGGAGGGAGGGCUUUGUGCCGGGUGGGACCUCGCUCAACAGCCGAGGCCCCAAUCCGAACAAACUCAAUCUCCGUGAAUUCAAGCGGCCAUUUUUAUUUUGUGGUUCUCUGGGCCCUUUUGACUUGUCAUAGAAAGGAAAAAAGCACACCUGAAAAUUCAGAUUAAGCGGGAUAUCAAACGUCCCAGUUAAUCAGUCGUGCCACUAAGCUAGCGCACAUACACACACACACACACACACACACAGUAACAGGACCCCAGUAGUCGCUCAUCUGAAUGGAAUGCCCUCAUUAUUAAUGUUUACGGCUAUAACGUGCCAGAAUGUCUGCUGCGGUAAGAGGCCUGUUGAUGCUGGUGUUGAAUGUAACUGGCCUUCGCUUAGUGGACUCUCCUCAGUUGUGUCCAUUGACAUGAAACCGCACCACUACUGAGAAAACUGUGCACGUUACUGAUUUAAUCGAGAGCUGUACAGUUACUCCUGCUCACAGCCGAGCAACCAUCAUCACUUCCUGGUUGUCCCGUAUAUCCCAGUUUGCUCCUCUCUGCGUGUUUUUAUUUCCUGUGCUCCUCUUCCUUCCUCCCUUUGCCUGUGUGUGUGUUUCUUUGUGUGUGUUUGUGUGUUUUCCUGGCCACCCGUUAACAUGCAGGAUGUGUGUUCUGUAAAGCGGGUGAUCCAGUGUCUGACGUAUCAUCGAGUGUGUGUGUUUGUGUGUGCAUACAAGUUGUUCUCUCUCUGUGUUCAUUGUCUCUGUCAGUUUUCAGUGUCUGCUCCCUGCUCUCCGUGACCGCUCUACUCGCUGCUCGGUGGACCUCCACCCACGGGUCCACCAGCUCCACCUGCACUAAUCUUUCUGCCCGUUGCACUGGGACCAGUGUAUAGACCCAGAUCUGGAGCGCUCACUGGCCUCGCCCUCUCUCCCAGGGCUGUUCUUUCAGAAGCCAUAGCCACCACUCUGGGAUCGUCGUGAGGCUUUAUGGUGCAUGUGGCGACGCACGUCUUUUUGUAGUUCUCCCCCCGACUCCCCCCAUGCUUUACUAUUAGGGGAAAAAAAGGGCUGCCCCCUCUCCCUCCUCCCCUGUCUGCGUGUUUACGUCCUCGCCCAUAUCUGCGUAUCUACUGUGGGACGGGGAAAGACCCUCGGACCCGCGUCACUGACUCUGCUGUCCCUCUCCUCCGUCGCCCCUCGUCUCUGAUCAGGGACAUGGUCAUAACGAGCAGGACAUCCCGCUCCGAUCACAUGACUCAAUCAGCACGCCAGCACUUUGUCUCUGCAGCCACGCUCUGACUCCUUCGAGGUUGUUUCGAAUGGGCCUCUCCUUCCCUUCCUGUCUUGUAUCCUGCUCAUCCAGCUUUAAGUUUCACCUGCUGUGUGCGCGUGUGUGUUAAGACGCAUGGACUGUCUGCUGUAAUUCAUGUCCGUGUAAAAGUAUUUGUAUUUUUGCUUCUCAGUAACAUAAAGCCAAGGCUCUUUUUGUGUAGUGUGUGUGUGUGUGUUGGUGGUGUGUAUUUUCUCCUCGCAGCUUGGGCCCUCUCCCUGCAGCUCUUUGCUUUUACAUCUGUGCAACUGUUUUUUUUUUUGUUUCUUCUUCUUUCUCCACAAAGAACAGUCGCACAGAUAUUUUCUCUGCAUUUUUCUUCUGUAGUCAAACAGGACCUGCUUGCUUUUUGAUUUUUGUUUUGUUUUCCGACCUGCCACCAGAACAAACAUCUCACUGGGUAACUGUAGGAAUGAACCAAGAGGACCACAUUGUUGCAAUCACACACACACACACACACACACACACUUCCUCUCUUCGCCUGAGGAGUGUAUCCGUGUGAAAAGUUGCACUUAAACACACCGCAUACAUUCACACAGUAUCAACAAGUCUAAAGGCCCGUCUGUCAUGAGGCCUGUUUCCAGAUAUUGUUGUUUUUAAAUGGCUGUUCUUAUUAUUGCUAUUGUCGUUAUAUUGGUGAGUUGUGAGUUUUUCUUUCUUUCUUGUUUUUUUUUUUUUUUUUUUUUUUUUUACAUAAAAGGGAGUUAAAGUUGUAUCUUUUCUUUUUUUUAUUAUUAGGAUGUUUUUAUUUGUAUUUCUUCUUCCUUGUUUCUCUUACGGGCUUGACUAUUGGCAGUGUUUUCAAUCUUUCGAAAACCUAGGCUGUUUUGUUUUUGUUUUUUUUAUUUCUCCAAGAUCUUACAAGAAAUUAUUUUAAAAGAAGAUAUAAGUAGAUUGUCAAAGAGAUAUGAGUUAUUAUUGAGGGUUAUAGUCUGUAUAUUCUAUGGGUAUUAUGAAUUAAACGAUUAACAAAAACAGAAUUAUAUACAUAUAAUUAAAUAAAAAUUUCCUGAUACUGUUACAA